AAAUACCAAAAUUGCAGUUUAAAAAAAAGGGGCUAAUCCUUAUCUCAGAAUCCAGAAAAACACGUAAGCAGCGUCAUACGGCUAAAAACUGAAAACAAGGAGCUCGGCUGAUUCAGAUCUUGGCGCGGCUUCUUGAUCGGCCGGUGCUCGAUGAACAGUGGGAGUUUGAGUGGCGGUCGGUCAUGGCCGUCACGAACAUCUUUAACCUCAUCGGGAAAGAGGAUACAAAAGGAAAUGUCAGAACUCAACACGGACCCACCUGUAGACUGCUCCGCGGGUCCCAAAGGCGAUAACCUCUAUCACUGGGUCGCCACUCUCUUUGGUCCACAAGGAACACCUUAUGAAGGCGGAAUAUACUUUCUUGACAUAACGUUUCCAGCUAAUUAUCCUUAUAAGCCUCCAAAGGUUGUGUUCAAAACGCGUAUAUAUCAUUGCAAUGUUGAUUCAAGUGGCAAUGUUGGCUUGGAUAUCCUUGACGAAAACAGUUGGAGUCCCGCUUCAACGAUUUCAAAGGUGCUACAUGAUUUGAGAUCGAUCUUUACAAACCCGAACCCGUAUAAACCGCAAGUGCCAGGAAUUGCUCACUUGUUCUUGGUGGAUAGAGUUAAGCAUGAUGCACUUGCAGCUGAAUGGACUCAAAGAUUUGCAAAGUAGAAGUCGAGCAUUUAAGAAACUCAUAGUUUGUAGGUAUGAAUGUAUAAAGAGUAAAUUACUUUUUGAGUCCCUCUGUUUUAUUGGUUUUAACCACUUGAGUCCAAAAUUAAAAAGUUUAACGCCUUGAGUCCCUAGCCAUUUAUUUUAUAACGUUUUAAGUCCAAUUUUGUUAAUUUUAUAACGAUUUGAGUCCAAAAAAUUGGACUCAAAAUAUUAAAAUUUGGACUCAAAAGGACUCAAAUGGUUAAUAAAAAUGCUUAUAGGGACUCAGGUCGUUAAACUUUUUGCUUUUGAACUCAACUAGUUAAAACCACUAAAACAUAGGGACUCAAAAAAUAAUUUACCCAUGUAUAAAAAUCAGCAUUGCUUGAUGAGUUUCUUGUAUAUGUAUGAGUAAAUUACAUGAAUGGUUUGCGGUUAGGCCAUGUUGUAACUUUAGUUAUUCUUGUUAUUAAAACCGCAUAAGUUGCCAUUUUUCCGUG